AUGAGGCUACUUCUCUCUCAUGUUGCCCUUGCCGUGACCAUGGUGCACAUGGGCCACGCGCUGCCGCAACAGCAAGCAAGUCAAGACGGCGAGGCAGUCGGUCACAUUGUUGUCUUGAAAGAAGGCCUAGACGAAAACCACCUCAAUGAACACCUUGACGCUGUCAAGGGUAUCCAGAAGCGGAGCAAGCGUGAUGACACUGGCGACGAAAGCGGCGUCAAGCUUGUCGUCGACGGUGCCAGCUACGGCUUCCAAGGCUACACCGGAGUAUUUACUCCCGAGACACUUGAGUUCAUCAAGGCUCACGAGCAUGUUGAUUAUGUCGAAGAAGAUGUGAACUUGUCUGAACCAACUGUUGAGACUCGAGAGGUUUCUGACACAGAGCUCGUCGUUGAGGACGAAGUCGCCGACACGGACGCCACAGAUGUCCCCGCCACAGAUGUUCCGGCGGUCUCUACUGGAGGUCCCAACAGGCAAAAGUCCACCAUCGGCGGUACCUUGAGCUGGGGACAAGGAUAUAGCACGCUUCUCGGCAAGGGUCUGCGUCUCGACGUCGUGGUUCCCCUGACUGAGAACGCGAAAAGAGACAGCCCUGCCAUGCUCAACGAGACGAUUAACCCGGCAGCCCUCCUCAACGAGACGAACCCGGCAAUCGCCUACAACUUUACAGCUCCCAGCGCCGACCUGACAGGGGUCGUCAAUCUUCUCGAAUACUUUGCCGAGCCGGACCCGGACGCCAUUUUUGACAACCUUCCUGACGUGCCCGAGGCUCCGGAGGAGGGUGCCGAAGAGAACGGAAAGCGUGCGGUGGUUGACAUUCCCGGCUGCACGGGUAAGAUCAACACUCAUUUCAAGCUGGCUGAGGACUAUGACUCCUACAUGCACGCGCUCGAUAUGAGCAACGAUGCUUUGACCUUUGUUGCAACCAUUGAAAUCGAGAAGCAGCAGGACUAUGAGAACGGACGCUUUCAUGCCUUGAGCUACACUCCAGCUCAGUUUCAUCAAACCCAUGGAGACAGAUGGGUCAAAGGCUACAAACGAGGCGGCAAGUUGAUGGCUCGACUGAUCUUCAGAGCCAAAGACAGCAGCAAUACAAGGGAGGUCAAAGCGCAUGCGGAAGCUGCCCUGCGAUUCUGGGGUGUUAGCGGCGAUGUAAGCGUUUCGGUCAAGAACAGCAUGGAGCAAGUGGAUAAGCACGCCCACGUCGACAUUACCCUAUUUCAAGAGGGUAAUCUGGGAACAUUUAUGACCAGCACCGACGGCGCCGUGUCGUCUGAUAAAUCUAGCCUUGGUUCCGCGUCCGGAUCAUUCAAGCAAGUCAAGGAGUGGGCCGAUCAGUUUAUGCAGCAAGCUUGCAAUCAUAAUUUUGCCUACAGACCUGUGUUGGAGGAGUACACUACUCUCCCAGGUUUCCCGGCAGGCCAAAAGGUUCACGACUACGGUGUUGUACGCAUCAUGUCUAAUCGUAUCUUGCGGGAACUGGUCAAGCUGUCGGAGCUCGUCUCCACUGUCACUGCUCGACUCGAAAAUCAGGGAGGCUGGGAAGAGCAUAUCGAUGAUAUGGAUUUUGAGUUUUUGGAUGUUGUGUCUGCGAGCAAGCAAUGGGUCGAAAAGGCGGCAGCAGAUACGUCUACCGCGAGAUGGGAGGCAAAGCAGUUGAUGGUCAAGUUUCGCCUGUUCAACAGGACAUACAAGAAAUAUCUCAGCUCGUUCUUGCCACUUGAUCCUUGGCAGUUUAAUCCUCACACGUCUGACCCCGACGCAGGGAUUUACGAGCCCGUGCCUGCUCACGCAUGCCCUGGCGGAAUUCUAGAGGAUGUUUUGAAGCCACCUGGCCAUGUCCUCGAUCUGUGCUUUGUUACCUUUGCCGACCCAGUAGAGCUUUCUACAGUUACUCCCCAUGUUGUCCGCGAUUGCGGUGUCUGCCAGAACACCUACACCUACACAAGCAUGGGCCUCCCUACGCCCAUAGGCUGGUGCAUUGCUCCCCGACCCCGCGGGAUCUACUUGUCAAGUCCUGCUGCGAGAUUUCCUUGA